GACCGUCCGUUUGUGUGCGGCGCCCUGGGCUGCGGACAGCAUCCCUAGGACAAAAGUUUCUUAUUGAGAAAUUAUUUUUUUCAAUUAUUAUUAUCCUUUAUUUAUAUGGCGCCACAAGGGUUCCGCAGCGCCCAAUUACAGAGUACAAUAACAAAUAAUCAAACAGGAAAACAGCAACUUACAGUUGAUGUCAGUAUAGGACAAGUACAGGCGUUUUACAAAUGAAGAUCAUUUGGCCGUACACAAACACAAGCAUGAGAUGACUCUAAAGUUUGGGCCGGCAAGGACGGACUCUGUGAUCAUUCAAGAUCAAACCCCCACUCCAACACGCUUUCUGAAGAACUGUGAGGAAGUGGGUCUAUUUAAUGAGCUAGCCAGCUCUUUUGAACAUGAAUUCAAGAAAGGUGCUGAAGAAGAUGAAGACAAAAAGAAUGCGGGACCACUGGAUAUGUCCUUACCUUCCACUCCUGACAUUAAAAUCAAAGAGGAAGAACCAGUGGAAGUGGACUCUUCUCCGCCAGACAGCCCUGGAUCUUAUACAGACGAAGAGGUGCCACCGAAGCCGCAGGUCAGCUCUACACCCACUCCAACAAUAGUACGUCCAGUUUCACUACCCAUCCAUCUGGGAUAUGAUCCUUUGCAUCCAGCACUGCCUUCACCUACAUCUGUCAUCACACAGGCCCCUCCGUCCAACAGGCAGCUAGGUUCCCCGGGCAGCUCUGUCCCGCUCAUGAUGCACCUGGGCAAUGGGCAGUCAGUACCCUUCCUUCCUGGCCCCCAUGUACAGAUGCCGUCUGUUAUAUCGUUGGGAAGACCCAUGUCAAUGGUGCCCAAUAUCCCAGGUAUUCCUGGGCCCCCAAUUAUCAGCAGUGGAGGACAUCUUUCUCCCUCGGCCCUUUCAGCUCAUGCAGAAGCCAAAAUGAGACUUAAAGCCUCCCUUACUCAGCAAGCUCCAUCUUCUUUAAAUGGAGGGAUGGCUAUGGUAGCAUCACGGCCAGAGCAGAGCCAAAUAUUGGUCCAACACCCAGACGCACCCUCCCCAGCACAGCCUCAGGUAUCUCCUGCUCAGCCCACCCCAAGUACUGGGGGUAGACGACGGAGAGCUACAGAUGAGGACCCCGAUGAGCGACGCCAGCGCUUCCUAGAGAGAAACCGGGCCGCUGCGUCCCGCUGCCGUCAGAAGCGCAAAGUUUGGGUGUCCUCUUUGGAGAGAAAGGCUGAGGAGCUGACUUCUCAGAAUGUGCAGCUUAGCAAUGAAGUCACGCUGCUGAGGAACGAGGUGGCCCAGUUAAAGCAGUUGCUUCUGGCACACAAGGACUGUCCUGUGACUGCCCUGCAGAAGAAAAACCAGGUUUAUCUUGGUGAGUGCUACAAAAUAAGAGAAAACCUCAAGGACAGUUGUGAUGCAAGAGGCUCUCCAGGCCCAGUCACCCAACACAGUUCAUUGUCCUCUGCCUCGCCUAAUGGUCUGCGCUCACCAGCCGAACACAUGGCAACUUCAGUGCUCACACAGAUGGCCAGCCAAAGGACAGACGGCCACAGUCAGCUUCUACAGUCACACGUCAUCAUGUCACCACAGUCGCAGGCAGCCAGCAGAUGAUGUAUCUCUGCCAUUGGACCUAGAACUAAUUAGCGGGAUGCCUCAGCCCCAAAGACUGAGCAGAAUAACUAAGCCCCAGUACAGAACGGGCGGAUAUGGAUUAUAAAUAUAUAUACAUAUAUAUAUUUGUUUUUAAAGUUCGGUAAAGGGUGUUUAGGGAGGGUUUUUUUUAGUACACAGAACCAAGUGAUUGAAGCACUAACUUUCAGAUCUCAUCAGGUCAAAUCACUAACACAUAUCCACAUACACACAUACAAUACAGUAAGGGCUUCAAGCACUAACUGACAAUGAACACGCAGUCUACCAUACACUGUGUGGCCUAGAUAGAAUACAAUUCUAAGGUUUACCAUUUCAGUGCCAGCAGGGUGGGAUUUCCUGGUGCUCCUUGUCUGAGCUCUCUCCCUGACCUGGUCCAUCAUUGCAGCCUAAUUAUUACUGAAGACCGCUUCCAUCAUUUUCCUUCUCUCAUUGUUACUCCUUUGAAGAAGACCGUGCCAUCCACUCUUUACCUGUCCGUGGCAUUUCAGUGUUGCUAGAAAUUAAUUGAUUCAUUACAGAAAAUGCCUUAUUUCUCAGUUGCUUUCCAGUCUUUAAGACUCUUUGUCAGGGGAAGUACGCAAGAAGCAAGUUCUGAACCGUGGGGCCAGCCUGGUGCUGGCAGAACCUAUGACACAGUACAGAGGAAAAAUACGAGCAGGUCCUCCCACCAAUGCAAGGAGGAGGCACAGAACAAUCACCCGAUAAUUGUUACUGCAUAGGGUAUGCUUUGUAGAGAUCCCAAGCAGCCAAGUGAUCAAAGUUAUGCCUGUGUUUGACUCCAGCGGAGCAGUGAUGACAGUACUUCAAGGAAACACCUACAAGUCUUCCACCGCUCUUGAAAUACUGCUGAUGUUUUCUGCUUUGACCUUAAAGUUUGGUUUUUAUUCAUCCUAUUUCAACACUAAAUAUAACCAGCGAUGUAACCUUUCCAGAGCCUCGCCUCAGUCUUCCAGCAAUCCCUUCCUGCGACACAGGUGACAUGUGACCCCCGUGGGUAUUGCCUGCCUGUGCCAAGAAGGCGCCUUCUUGAGAGAUCUGUAAGAAUUACCUGUGUGAUAACUGGAGGAGAAUUGAAGUCUAAUAUAUAUAGGAGUGACUUUUCUCCUCCCUGUACUGUACGUACCCUAUUGCAGAGAUGCCAGAAGGGGCUUCUCAGUGUCGAUUGGAGGGCUGACUUUAUGUGCCUCUUACUUUGUUUUCUACACUUUAUGGAAUCAGUUCUUACACCAUCUAUAGUUCUUUGAUUGCUUUUACUUCUAGCUAUUUCAGGUAUUGUUCUAUGCAAUCAUAUGGGCCUUUAUUGAGCUCUUUAUUCAAUCCCUACUACACUUUGGGAUUCUACAUUAUGGUUUACUUGCAGGUUCGCAAAGCAACAUAAACAAAUGUAUCAUGUAAGCAAUUUCCUCAAUCAACAGGUUUACAGUGUAGUGCGGAGCUAAAGAUUGAUUAUGUAUGACUCGUAUACAUUGCUGCAGUAAAGACGGCAUACCCUGCAAACUAGACUGAUCGGGCCUCAGUGAUUGGACGCAUAUUCCCAUAGCUGACACCUUAAGCUAGCUAUUGUAAUGUGCAGAUGCUUAAACAGGGUCACAGAGUACUAUUCCUAUUGGAACACACUACAAAAUCCUUAUCACCAUGAGAUAUAUUUACCAUCUUUACUAUAAAUCCAUUUCGCAAUUAAAACAAUAUUGUCCUGGUUCUUAGAAAAAAACUGAUCUGAGUAGGUUUUGGCAAUGAGCUGUUAAGUUAAGCAAGUUCCAUAUAUUGCGGAAAACAUUAUCAAUUAGGAGAUCAGGAAUAAAAUAAAGACAAGUGAUGUAACAUAUGUUACAGUUAUGUUGAGUAGAUGAGAUCUACAAAGCAGUUUCCGAACACUAUAUAAAAAAAGGGAAGAUUUGGCUCGGGAGAAGGUAAAGUAUGUGGUGCCUCUAAUAGAAAAAUGUAUUCGGACUCAACUAAUGGUAGUGUUACACAGCUCACUGUAAAUCAGUAUCUCUUCGCUCUCGGCAUGCAGUGCACCAGCUUUAGGAGAGCGCCAGUAGCUCAAUUGUUUAUUACUCCUAGCAUCAGGGAUUCUUGUAUUGCGAAAGAAAAAUCUGGCUUCUUUUGAGUACAAUGUUUAACCCCCUUUUUAUUCCUUCAUAUUCGAGCAGGGCUGUUUCUCGCUAAUAUCGCUCCCAGUGCGACGGACAGACGGUGUGACGUUAGUAGGUGUCAGCAGGGUGACAGCACAGCAGCCAGCAGGGGUCGUGGGCUGGCGGGUGCGCCGUGCGAUUCUGCGGCUCACCCGCCCUUAGAAACGACCAUGCCUUCAAGUAGCGGGUUACUGAAGAGGGUACUGGCCUGUAGAGCAGAAUCCUAGUUUUAUCCUUUAACUAGAGCACUUAACACAUAAAGGACUAGAUUUUACCCAUGUGGCUUAAAUACUGUAAUACUGUAAUGUCUGCCAGGAAAAUAUAUAGGUUUUAUAGAUUAGUCUGCAUUACUUUUAUAAAGUUUUCAUGGAAUUUUCUGAUGCUUACGUCUGCUUUAAAAUGCCAAAACCUAUUUCUCUGACGUCCUAGUGGAUGCUGGGACUUCCGUAAGGACCAUGGGGAAUAGCGGCUCCGCAGGAGACUGGGCACAAAAAGUAAAAGCUUUAGACUAGCUGGUGUGCACUGGCUCCUCCCCCUAUGACCCUCCUCCAAGCCUCAGUUAGAUUUUUGUGCCCGAACGAGAAGGGUGCAUGCUAGGUGGCUCUCCUGUGCUUUAAAAUGCCAAAACCUAUUUUAAAUAUGAGAUAAAUUGGUUUGACAACAGAUUGUUUUACCCAAUACAGUGUGUGAUCAGUAGAAAACUAUUCAUGGUACAAAUACAACCAUGAGCCAUUAAUGAUAUUGAAAUACCAUGUAUGUACACAUCAAUAGUGCAUACAAAUAAGCGCAGUUGGAAAUAACAUUUAGAGGGCUAUCCUAUCAGCGAUAAUUUGAUGCACAAAAAGACCAGGCUUUUAUCAGGCUAUCCAAUUAUAGACUGUUUGUUUCAUGUAGCAAAUUAUCCCUAUUCACAUGAAAACACAUAGGGUGGUAUCCAAAUAAUAUAUCGCGCCCAAUCUCCUUUCUAAAGUGAUCCCCGUUAAAGUGCAUAUCGCGCCCAAGGGUUGGGCGCUCUGGGGGCAGCGAGCUAAAAUUAUGAUACCACACCCGUCAGCAGAAACAGAACGGAUGUGGAAGCGGGCGGAAAUAAUUGAAUACCGUCCAUAAGGUACACAAAUAGCGGGGGACUUUUGUGGUUUCGCGGCAGCUAUCUCUGAAAAAAUGGUUACUUAUCAGGGAUGUGGCAGGCGAAACAAAAUCCACAAAAAGCGGACUAAUAGGAUAGCCUCAUCAUCGGUAAUUAGCCGCAGUAAAUUGCAGCGGCUAAUAGGAUAUCGCCUUUAGUGCAGUUCUCAAGUACUUUCCACGUGUUUUAGAACUAUUCAACAAGUGCCCAACAUUAGCCAAAAAUUAGACUCUUGAUUAAAGAAAAAGUGUCUUAUGUAGCAGAGCUCCAAGUAAAGACUGCUUUACUCUGAAAGGUGCGUAGUGCCUGUUUAUAAUCUGCACCUGGAUCUACUGUAUCUGUUAAGUAAAGUUAUUGUCUUCAACUUGGUUUGCCUCAGAGUAUCACCAAAGACGCUUCUUAUUUUAGUUUUCUAGGAGUACAAUGAUCGAUCGGAGUGUUUUACAAUGUAUGAUUGAUUUGUAUGGUGUGCAUAAAAAAGUAUGUUUCAAAAUGAACACGGAAUUCACAUGUACCAUUAAAGAAUAUAUAUUCUUUAAUAGUACGAGAAAAAGUUUGGAAUGCUGUCGGUUUCAGUCGCUCAUUAGUAAAGUGCACUUAGACUCAUUUUUAUAGCUGUCCAGGACUGUUAUCAUGCCUAUAUUUUACUUGCAGUGACCUUGCCACAAAAUGAAUAAACACACUUUAACCCCACAAACACACACUGACCCCACAAAUACACUUUAAAAUCAGCAUCUGUAUUUUCACAGUUGAGUACAGCAGAGAUACUCAGAUUGCCACGCACCCCUUUCACACCAAAAUCCCAGGUCCAACCCGUGUUUCGGAACACAGGGCAGGAUGUAAUGAAGUCCGAGUUCGGCGGCUGUGCGGGAUUGCAGCCGAACGCGGACGUUUUUUAAAAGGGGCAAUUUUGUUCAAGGAAUGGUUUAGACUUGUACAUGAUUGCCCCUUUAAAAAAACGUCCGAACUCGGACUUCAUUACAUCCCGGCCAGUGUUUCAGUCUGGGUCAGGCCAUGGCUCUGACCUGGGUUAUUCCUGGGUCGGCUCCGUUUACACUGCACAUGGGUGUAGUGUUGACUGUUCUGCUGGUGCUUUGAUUCGGCUCUCCCUAUGCUGUAAACAGAACCGGGGUCGGAUGGGUUAACUGUUCACACUGCCCCUUAACCCAGGACCUUCCUGUGUCCAACCCUGACACCUACCCAGGUUGGAUUCCCACGUCACUGGACCCUGGCUAAUUUUCAGGGACCCUUUCACACUGAGCCGCAACCCACGUUAUUCUGGCAAUAACCUGGGUCAAAGCGACGGUGUGAAAGGGGUUUAAGAGUUAUUACCUUAAUUAGUGCCUUGAGCAUAUGUUGUUUUAUUACAUAUGAUUUGUUGUGUCUGUUUGCUCCAGUUGGAAUUGGCCUGGUAUUGUUAAUAAUUGGUGCCUUAUAAUUUGUGUGAUAUAUUGUACAAUCCUGACCAGAUUGAACAUAAACCUUGAAUUAUUUGCAUUGUAUCAUGAGAAUUGUAUAACUCCUUACCAGGCGAUGUCAGUCACUACGUAUAACUGUUGUCAUCACACUUUUUCUGGUCACGGACUGUGUGAUUUUGUAAUGAAUUUACUACAUUGUCCAAACUUUAGUAGAACCCAUUGCCUUUACAUGCAGUCUGUAUGUAUUUUCCUAGUCAUAAUGCCAAUAACCGGAUAUGCCUGAUCCUGGUAUCCAGCCAAAUUGAACGCAGAUACCGUUUGGGUUUGCCCCAGCGUUUUGGCUGCUUGUUCAUUAUAGUAGAACUCCGAUUAUCGGAACAUGAUCUGUGGGAACCAGAAAUAAUAUUUGCUGGUAUAUUAGCCCAUAAAAAAUAAAUUAUGUAAUAAAAUGACAAAACAAAAACCCCUACUGUACAUACAUAGUUUACAUGUAUACAAUUAUACAAACUGAUUAUCCAAAUUACCCUCUCCCAAUUAUUGUGGAUAAUCUGCGUUCUACUCUUGUGUUUUCUAGAACUGUUUGAACUCUAAGGGGUCUUUUUACUAAGCCUUGGAGAGAGCUAAAGUUGAUGAAGAUAAAGUAUCAGCCAAUCAGCUCCUAACUGCCAUGUUACAGGCUGUGUUUGAUAAAUGACAGGAGCUGGUACUUUAUCCCGCUCCACUUUAUUUCUCUCUGAGGCUUAGUAAAUAGACCACUGUGGGGUUUUUUUAUGGCAGCAUAACUGUUGUGAUAGCCGUGCUAUAUCACUCCUGUAAAAUGUCCCUUUUACAUCUAAAUGAAUCCCAUUCUUUAUGUAAAACUGUUAAUCACACACCAUAACGUAUUGGUGAAGUCAUGAUUUUAAUCUCUGCCAGAUGUAACACAACAUUGAUAAUUCUUAGCAGUGUGUCAUACUGUAACACUGUAGUAAUGCACUGUCCAGUACCCCUUACACCGCUGUGCCACAUACUGUGAGAUUGGAUGAGUAAUGAAGUGCUUGUCAGGUUGCCUUCAUCUGUCCUCAUCCUAAUUUCACGAGCAUCCAUAUACUGACUUUAAAACUAUAGAGGCACUUAAGUCCCUCCAGGACAUAAAAACUCUCAAGACAAGAAUACAAUAGUUUCAUUAAAAAAAAUGCAAAAAAAAUCUGUACACUACAAUACUUAUUAUGUUUUAAUGAUGACUAUAAUUAUUUAAUACUAUAACGAUGCGUUUCCAUUUCAUUAAAUGAUAAAAAAAUAUAGAGGUUUAAGUAUAAUAUUUUAUCAUGGAAAAUUAAGUGUUUCCAUUUUGCACUUCUGUGUAGCUGACGUUGCUCAGGAGAAUCGCUGAACCCUUUCAGAGCUGUGUAAAUGCAUUGUUGUGUCUAUGUGAAUUUGUAUAAUACAUUGGGAAUAGCUCUGGCAUUUAGCUUGGUGGAUUACAAUGAAAGAUUCUCUUAGAUUAUAUUAAUUUGGGGUCAUGCAAAUUUCAAUGUCAAGUCCUCUUACUCUUCAUAUAUAGAAUUGAGCUGUUGAUUGAUGCAUAAGACGAAAUGCCAGUCAUACCAAUACGUUGUAAGUGUCUGUGCUCGGUUACAGAAAUACUGACCGUGUAUGUGACUCCAGUUGUCUCCUAGGAUGGGGAUGUUGGGAGGUAAAUAUGCCUGUAACACAGUUCUGGGUACAGCACAUGGGAGAUCUGUCUGGUGCAAAAUAAACAUUUAAUUUUCCAUGGUCUAGCGAUUUGUGAUAUAAGCCAUGUGCUUCCUUUGUGCAAUGCGAAAUAUGAUGGUAAAUCAUUCUACUGUGGAGAACUGAUGUCCCAUAAGUGUUUGGAAUCUGAAAGAGAGAAGACUACACAAUGUUCUUUAUUAUGGUUACAAAUUGCUGACCAUUGUGGAAGACCAUUAAUAUUUUAAACGUAAAAUAGCAAAACAAAUCACUGCAGUGUUUGAGUUGUGUGCCAUGGUAGGCAGGGGCGGCUGCUGAAUAUAAUGUGAUCUGGACUUAACAUUCAAGCAUCUCCAUCCCAUUUUGCAAAUAUACUGCCAUUAUCUCAAGAACUGCAAACUUGCAAAAACACCAAUGAGAACCUGUUAUAUUGAGAAGACUAAGAGAUAAGAGAUAUGUCCUUGUUAUGUGACUCAGGUACAUUUCUUGCAUUAAUCUCUCUAUACCCAAACGCAUUAAAUGCUGUAUGUGCCCCUGGUGACCAGGAGCUGCAGGUGUCAUUGCACCACGUCACCCAUCUGCCAGAGACCUGCAGAGCAAUCUACUCUGGAAGUGGGUGAUAUAAAGGCCUUGUCCCUUUCACCCUUGUUGACACCAAAUUAAUGUUAUGUGCCUUUUAUUUUGUUAAUCCUGUAACAAUAAACUCUGUUACCAAGUA